CCACUCCGGGUAACCACAUGCCAGAUAACGCUGCGUGACAGAAACCAAGUACUACCGCUUUUCGUUGACGCUCUGAUCUCCAAUCAAACCUCAUGUAUGUGGAUAAGCCCGCCACCGCUAUCGUCAGCAACGGUCAAUGACUCAGAACCACGACGCGUCAUUCUUAAGGGAGUGUGAUUACUCAGGCUUAUCUUUGGGCGAUGCUGGCUCAAAAUGAAACUGUUAGAGCUCGAGGCAAGCGAAGGCAAUACGAGUAGCGAGUUAUUGUGCCAUCGCUACCCGAGGCUGUGAGACUCUGAGCAUUCAUGUCUUCUUCCCGCACCAGUGAGAGUAGGUCGCUGUUGCCUGUAGAGAUCGACGAUUCUACACCGUCUGCCUACGGUACGUCCUGGAACAGCAAUGACGACCCAGAGACCGUCUCUAGGAAGGUCUUGGAGAGAAAUCUUCUGCGGAAGCUGGAUUUCAGAACAGCGUAUCUUGUCCUUAUUUACAUCUUGAAUCAGGAAGACCUCGGCAUGAAGGGUACACAGUUCAAUACGUUGAUCAGCAGUCUAUACAUUGGCUAUGUGCUGACGCAAACACCAUCAAAUUUGAUACUCAGUCGCAUUUCGAAACCAUCGCUGUAUCUGUCGAGUUGUAUGUCAGGUGUGUUCUACUACCAAGCACUCUCCUCACGCUUUCUUGUGGGAUUUUUAGAGGCGACGUUUUAUCCUGGUGCUAUCUAUCUGCUUUCAAGAUGGUAUAAGCGAGAAGAGCUUGGGUACAGGAUCGCGUUUUUCACGGCAGGAAUCGGUUUUAGCAAUGCUUUUGGUUCGCUGUUAGCCUCUGCAAUUCUGGCAAACAUGGAAGGAUUUUUGGGUUAUGCUGCCUGGAGGUGGCUGUUUUUCAUAGAGGGCUAUUUGACAGUUUUUGUAGGCAUCUGCGGGAUGUUCAUACUCCCUGAUUUUCCUUCGAGCCCUGCGCGUUGGCUCACUCCCGCAGAGCAUGCUCUUGCUGAAAGGCGGAUGGAUGAGGAUUCAGAAGGUCAUGGUCCAGUUGAACCUAAGCCAACUGAUAUCUUUUCCGAUCUCCUGUCGAUGAUAACAGAUUGGAGAGCGUGGUGGGUUGGCGUAGCAUUGUCUUGCUGUAAUGCAUCGAUGUCCUUCAACAUGUUCUUCCCAACAUUGGCGGCCACAAUGGGGUACUCGCCUACCAUCAGUCUUCUGCUGUGUGCACCACCAUGGAUGAUGAGCACAAUCACUGCAGUCAGCGUCGCAAGUCACUCUGAUGCGACGCGUGAACGCUUUGGGCAUCUAGUCUUUGUAAUGUCGAUGCUGAUCACUGGAUAUGUUCUGGCCAUGUCCACGAUGAAUAUCACCGUUCGCUACAUCUCACUCUUUUUCAUGGCCCAAGCGCAGGUCGGAAAUGUCAUAUUGUUAACAUGGAUCAGCAACUCGUUCGCUCGUUCCAGCUCCAAGCGCGCAAUUGCGAUUGGGUUCAUUAACACCAUUGGAACAUCAGCGAAUAUCUUAUCGCCGUACAUCUGGUCAUCGAGCUGGGGGCCAACAUAUACCAAGUCGUGUCUCAUCUGCAUCGUGCUGGCUAGCAUAUGCAUCUUAUUGUGCUGGGUGUUUAAGCGGCAUCUUGAGCGAUUAAAUGUAGUUGCUGAAGCACAAGAACGCGAGCUGAAUCUUCCUAAAGGUUAUAGAUACCUGCUGUAGCAUUUGACAUAGAGUAGAGUCGAGUGAGAGUCACCUGGCGUCUACAAGACUUUAGGAGAAUCCGUCCAAGAAGCUUGCCCUGCAGGCUUGAGAGCAAU